CGCGCGCCCGCCCCCGGCAGUGUGCCCGCAGUCCAUUCCGCAUCCGUCCAUCAGUUCGUGUGUCCGACCCUCCGUCAUCCCUGAGCUUGCGGCCGCGGCAGCCAGGCGGGAUUGGAGCGGCCCCCACCAUGGGCUGGGGAGCAGGAGGGAGCUGCACCCCGCGCCCACCUAUCCGCCAACAGCCCUUGUCAGAGCCCCGUGUGAUCACCGUGGUCUUCCUCGGCCUCCUGCUGGACCUCCUGGCCUUCACUCUGCUGUUGCCUCUGCUGCCAGGGCUGCUGGAGAGCCAUGGCCGUGCCCACGAUCCCCUCUAUGGCUCCUGGCAACAAGGCGUGGACUGGUUUGCCGCAGCCAUCAGGAUGCCAGCGGAGAAGAGGUACAACAGUGUCCUGUUUGGAGGUCUGAUAGGCUCAGUCUUCUCCUUCCUGCAGUUCCUCUUGGCACCAGUCACGGGGGCGGUCUCAGACUGUCUCGGGAGGCGCCCGGUGAUGCUGCUGUCCCUGGCAGGUCUGGCCACCUCGUAUGCCGUGUGGGCGGCCUCAAAGAGCUUCGCCGCCUUCCUGGCCUCCAGGGUGAUUGGGGGCAUCAGCAAGGGAAACGUCAGCCUCUCCACAGCCAUCGUAGCCGACCUGGGCUCACCUUCCGCCCGCAGCCGAGGCAUGGUGCGUGCGCGCUACGGGGCGAGGAGGCUGGGAUUCCUUGCCUCGGGUCUCCCAUCCCGGCUCAGGCGGUCUUCUCCCCAGGCAGUCAUUGGAGUGGCCUUCUCGCUGGCCUUCACGCUGGGCCCCAUGCUUGGCGCCUUCCUGCCAGCGGAGAUGGUGCCCUGGCUGGCUUUGCUCUUUGCUGCCUCCGACCUGUUGUUUAUUUUCUGCUUCCUGCCGGAGACGCUGCCUGCGGAGAAGCGGGCAUCCUCUAUCGGCCCGGGGUUCCAGGCCGCGGCAGACCUGCUCAGCCCCGUGGCCCUGCUCCGUUUCUCGGCCGUGGCCCGUGGCCAGGACCCACCCGCUGGAGACGGGAUCCAUCACCUUCGCCGCCUGGGUCUGGUGUACUUCCUCUACCUCUUCCUGUUCUCGGGUCUCGAGUUCACCCUGAGCUUCCUCGCUCAUCAGCGCUUCCAGUUCAGCAGCCUGCAGCAAGGAAAGAUGUUUUUCUUCAUCGGCCUCACCAUGGCCACCGUGCAGGGCGCCUACGCCCGGAAGAUCAGCCCUGGCAGCGAGAUUGCAGCGGUGAAGCGGGCCAUCUUACUGCUGGUGCCUGCCUUCCUCCUCAUUGGCUGGGGGCUCACGCUGCCCGCACUGGGCCUGGGGCUGCUGCUCUACUCCUUCGCCGCUGCCGUCGUGGUGCCCUGCUUGUCCUCCGUGGUCGCUGACUAUGGCUUGCCCAGGCAGAAGGGCACGAUCAUGGGCACACUUCGGAGCCUGGGCGCCCUGGCCAGGGCAGUGGGACCCGUGGUGGCUGCCUCAGUGUACUGGCUGGCCGGGGCCAGGGUCUGCUUCACGGUGUGCUCAGGCCUCUUCCUGCUCCCUUUCCUGCUCCUGCGCAACCUGAGGCCUCCAGCCCGCAUGGCACCCAAGGCCGAGUAGUGGAGCUAGCCCCGCCCCAAGCUGGGACGGGACCUCUCCCCUCCCCCUGGGGCCCAGCCCUGGCCCCCGAUAGACACUCCAGCAGCUCCGUGGUACGCGCCUGGGCAGUCCUGCCCGUCGUGCCGGGAGCAGGGACUCCCCAACACCUUUCAGGUUUUGUGUUCACUUUUCUCUCAGACACACGGUGUCAGCCAAGCCUCCAAAUGACAAAAUAAAGCAGCUAUUUUAUACCAAGUGCCUUUCGCCAGCACACGGCUGUGCCUCACUACCCCCCACCUGGGAGACCCCCGAGCACCAGAAGCUCUUAUGCCUGCACUGAGCAGAAAAGUCCAAGGCUCGUCCGGGGCCCGUGACCAUUCUGCACAAUAGGGAGGACAGAAAGGGUGACACAGGGCCCGCCACGAUGGGAGCCCACACUUGCUAGGGCCUACGUGAGCUGUGCCCUGCACCCUGGCCACCCAGGGAGGAGGGAGCCCUGUGCUGGGCUCUUCCCAUCACCAUCCCACCCCUGCGCAUCUGUUCGGACUGUAGGGGCGUCAGGCUCUCGGGCGCAAGAGCAGGCUGGCGCCCCAGGCAAGGCGAUUCUGGGUUCUAGGGGCCUUCCUGGUGCAGAGCAACAGUGUCCAAUCAAGAAAUAAACACUUGGGAUCUCAAGACAGACUUCUGGAAGUCCUAUCUUGAACAAAGGGGGAAAACAAUGCCAAACUGCUUCCGAAAUUUAGACAAGGAAACUGCUUAAAGAAUUUUAUUUGUGAGUAAAACACGUUACAGUGGAGGACAGAGGACCCAUCCUCCCAAGCCUGUAUCCAUAUAUGCGACUAGACUUCAUGUUGUAAUACAAAGAGUUAAAAUAAACUACAAAAGUGAAA